AUGUUCUGGACCUGCCAACCCGUCAAGAAGAGGAAGGACACCGACAAGUUGACAAGGACGAAUGCCUUUGCACCCUGCAACCGAGUGCUCGCCAUCCCCGAGCUCAGGGACCUCCUAUACUCUUUCAUUCCUUCCGGACUCUCAAACACCGCCACCACUACAACUACAACAAACAACAGCAACAAGAACCCUAAAGGUGCAUCAUGUAUGCUCACUCAUAACGAAUUUGCCCAGGUCAUCCAAGAACAGGGCUAUCGCGUCCGGAAGUUCUCCUGCAGCAAAGUCGACAAGUCCAUCCUCACCUCCCUUGUACAACACUGUCAUUCCCUGGAAGAGCUCGAUCUCGGGUUUGGAGAGAAGUCCUUUUGGAUGCAGUACGACUUUUUGGAGCUGAUCUUUAUCAACCUUGCAAAGUCCCAACAGUGGCACCUGAAGGACUGGGAGAAGGGGUGUGGAAGGCGGGGAUUGAGGAAGGUGGAGAUCACGCUGAAUAUGCUGGACUUUCGACCGAGGAUGCUCUGGAGUCUGUGUCAGUUACCAUAUCUGAGGGACCUGACGAUCAAUGCGAAUGGGAGUAUCGGAGAUGAGGAGUCGUUGCAGUAUCUGGAAGAGGUUACGUUGUACCUGUUGGAGUGCUGCCCGAGGCUGGAGAGUUUUACAAUCAACUACAACGCGUUGACGAUUCAUCGCCAUCCGUUCGAGUACCGCAACUGGCUCAAGGAAAAGGUCGAGACAGAGGCGACGCGGGGACCGGUGACUCCUCAGGACGCCCUAGCUCGUUGUCGCCAUAUCUCACCUACUGCAGCAACAAGAUUAUCUGGGUGGCUGUCGGAGAAGCAGGGCGACUAUUACGAACGAGCAUCAACAGCACAGGAUAGCGCACAAGAGAAGCCCAAGACAUGGAACCUCCGACGAUUGGUCCUGUAUGGAUUCAGGCCCGACACCAGUGUCCUGCCUCGGAUAUUUUCCCGGUGCCCACGUCUGGAAGAGAUCGGGAUCCAUCUUGGCUGGUCCGUCAUCGAAGCCGAUACCUGGACCUCCCUUGCAACACAUUGCCCCAACCUCAAGGUUCUCAAUAUCUCUGGAUACUCAUACCAGUACCGCGAGUACGACGUCCUCUCCAUCCCUGAACUCCUCGCCAUGUUUCCGAGACUAGAGACCAUCAACGCCAAGGAUUACCCACGUCAGGAUUUCGACCUCCAAUCCCUCGACUCGUCCUUGAUCACAUACGGAGAAAAGAAAGAUGGUGAGCAACAGGGCCACAUGUUGAAAUCUCUCUCUCUCGUGGGGCAUGGCUCAGGAUCGCUGCCCAAGGUGCUGGGUAUCCUGUCGUCGCGAUCUUUCACCCAUCUUGAAGAGCUGAAGAUCGAAUACACGUUCAGCUCUCCUUCCCCUUGGCUCCAAGCCAAAGCAGUGACACCCAACAUCAGCACCGAGGGCAGUCUGUUGGAUUUCAGUCGGCCAUGGGAUGUCGUCGCUCGAACUCUCGUCAAGCUGGAUCUGCACGGAGUGCAAUUCCCCGACAAGGCGACGACGGUUAAGUUCUUCAGGCGCCUACAGGAUUUCAAAUCCCUGCGUGUCCUCCGCGCCUCUCAUCACCACCUCAAGGACCUCAUCUCUACCACCAGUUUGCCCACAUCAUCCUCACCUUCUCUUACCACCACUCCAGGUGACAUUCUACUCCUCCCUACUGUCGACUACCGCUUACCCCACAUCCAAAACCUUUUCAUCCCCCAAAAAUGGUCCGAAGCCCUCUCCGUUCAAGACGCUUCAGACAUCCUUUCCCUCAACGACAUCCUGUUCCUCCUCGCAACAACCCCCUCCCUCAAAACCCUCUCGCUUGCCAAGAACUCGAUCUCACCCGAGACAGCCGCCUUUGUCCGAGGGGCAUUUCGCCAAGUGUGCCUUGAUACCAACUAUGAGUAA